AUGGCAUCGGAGGCGCCCACGCCCAUGGGCACGCCCGUCGUCGUCAUGGGCAACAUCGGCGCGCUCUACCGUGCCGUCGCAGCGCAGCUCGCCGACGUCCUCCGCCCAGGGGACGUUGCCGCGCUCGUCACUGAUGACACCUACCAGUCAGAUUUCAUGUUCAGGCGGUUGUUGCGCAUGGCGUUGCGCAGGGCGGGCGCCGAGGUGGAGAUGGUCAGCCCGGGCGACACGCAGGAGGGGUUCGAGCUGCAGCUCUCCGCCGCCAACGCGCGCCUCCUCGUUACCAGCGCCAAGGGCAACGCCGCCGCGCAGGCCGCCGCGGCCAAGCUCGGCCUCGUCCACGUCACCGUCAGCCAGCUGCAGAUGGAAGCGGAACGAGGACGCCAGGUACGCGUCCGCCUUACCGGCCUCCCGGGGUUGCCCGUGGGGCAGGACAACCUGGGCGAGAACGGCGCGCGCCUGGAGCCCGCCGGCAACGCGGGGCAGGUGUGCGUCAUCGUCGGCGCCGGGCCCUCGGGGCUCGCCGCGGCCGCGUGCCUGCGCGACAAGAGCGUCCCCGCCGUCGUCCUCGAGCGUGGCGACCGCAUCGCCCCGCUCUGGCAUGAGCGUACCAACGAGCACCUACCCAAGAGGUUCUGCGAGCUUCCGCUCAUGGAGUUCCCCGACGACUACCCGGAGUACAUCACCGGCCUCCAGUACAUCAAGUACCUCGAGGGCUACGCCGCCAAGUUCGAGAUCAGGCCGGUGUUCAACACCACCGUGGUGUCGGCCCACUACGACAACACCUCCGGUCUGCGGCGCGUGAGCGUGCGCGCCGCAGACCCCGCCGUCGGCGACACGGAGUACAUCGCCCGCUGCCUCGUCGUCGCCACCGGGGAGAACGCCGAGCGCGUCGUCCCGAAGAUCCCGGGCCUGGGCGGCUUCGCCGGCGAGGUCACCCACGUCGGCGACUGCAAGUCCGGCGAGGCCUACCGCGGGAAGCGCGUGCUCGUCGUCGGCAGCGGGAACAGCGCCAUGGAUGUCGCGCGCGACCUCUGCGGCACGUACGGCGCCCGCCCCGCCGUGGUGGCGCGGGACGCCGUGCACGUCCUGCCCCUCGAGGUGUUCGGGACACCCACGCUGGAGCUCGCCAGCAUGCUCCUCGAUCGGUGGUGGAUCCCGCUCUGGGCCGCGGACAAGAUGCUGGCCGUCGCAGCUCGGCUCGCCCUCGGCGACCUCGCCAAGCUUGGCCUCCGCCGCCCCGCCGCCGGGCCGCUGGAGCGCACCGGCACCUGCGUCCGCACCCCGGUGUUCGACUGCGGCGCGCUCGAAGGCAUCCGCGCCGGCGACAUCGCCGUGGUCCCCGCCGUCGCCCGCUUCUGCGGCGGCAAGGUCGAGUUGGUGGACGGGCGAGCCCUCGACAUCGACGCCGUCGUGCUCGCCACCGGGCGGCGCAGCAACUUGCCGCAAGCCGAGUGGCAAGGAGGCCGGAUCAGCGGGUACCCCGCGACCGCCUUCCCCUGCGGCUGGGACGGACAGUGCGGGCUCUACGCCGUUGGCUUCUCGCGCCGCAGUUUCGGCGGCGCGUCCAAGGACGCCGUGCGCGUCGCGGAGGAAAUCGCCGGCGCAUGGAGGGAGAGGGAGGGGACCGAGCCCGCCGGCCACCGCGAGAGGAGGGGUGUCCACGUCGUCUUCUGAAUUCUGAUAGCCUCCCAUCGGCAGGGAU